AUGGCGUCGCCUGCGGCCGCGGGUGCCGAAAAUCGGCCAAAGCCGUUGCACACGUACCCGGAAGAUGUGCCACCCAGCAGCAAGAUCCUCGCACACUGCGGCUUUGACAGUCGUCACUUCAACGCCGUCGCCUACCUUGGUGACAACACCCUGCUCACUAGUGGUGGCAAAUUCGUGCUCUUCGUGCACGUCGACUCCGGCGCAGUGGAGUCGCAAGACGGCCCCCUGGAUGGGGCUGUUGGCGCUGUUGCUGUACACCCCGGCGGUACGUCGUACGUAGUGGGUGAGCGUUGCCCUGCAAACCCGCUUCUCCGCGCGUACGGCUGGCCCUCUCGGGCCCCAUCUAAAACCUUUGCAGGUGGCGCAGAGGUGGGGUAUAGCACGCUCGCCUUCAACGUGGACGGUAGUCGCCUCGCCUCCGUCGCAAGUGCGCCCGACUACACCCUUGCCAUCUGGGACUGGGAGAACACCUCGCUACUGUUGCGGAGCAAGUGCUUCAACUCCGACGUGUACAGCGUCGCCUUUAGUCGCUUCGAUGACGCACUUCUCGUUACAGGCGGGGCCGGUCAUAUCAAGUUCUGGAUGAUGGCGGACACCUUCACGGGGAAGAAGCUGCAGGGCUCGCUUGGCAAGUUUGGCCGUCACGAAAUAUCCGACGUCGCCGCGUUUGUGAUCUUGGCGGACGGCAAGGUGCUCUCCGGGUCCGACUGCGGUGACCUCCUCUUAUGGGAAGGCGACCUCAUCGUAUGCACGUUUGCCCGCGCCUUUGCCGUCGAUGAGCCCGGGGCCAAAGGAUUGGGGCAGCCACCUCACGAUAUUCAGCCAUGCCACGACGGCGCCAUCCACUUUGUCUCUCUGCAGGGCCGCUAUGUGGUAACGGGCGGCGACGACGGAUACAUACGGUACUGGGAUCUUCAUGAGCUGGAGGUGGCGGAGGGCACCGGACUGCCUCCGUACUACGCGCCGAACUGCCUUCACGAAGUGUGCGUGUCGUCCGCGUUUCGCGUCCGCUCCGUUACGCUCGAUGAAGAGCACCGGCAGUGGGUCAUCCUCGACGAGUUCGGCACCAUCGCCACACUGCCCUACCCUCUGCGUAAUGGCAAACUAGACACCACAGAGCGGGUGAGACAGGUGCGGCUUCGGCUGAACGGUGUCCCGCUCACGUGCGCGGCGGUGUCUCCCGUCGAACAUGUCGUCCUCACCGGUGGCAUGGACGGCGUUGUGCGCUGCAUCGACUAUGUGUACUGCGCAGAGCGGUGCCGCAUGGAGUGGCCGCGCCAUCCGCGCAAGGACCCGGUGCCGGUGGCAGACAUGAAGGUGCUAGUGCCGCGCUCGACGGCGCAAAGCGUGCUCGCGGUGGCUGGCUUUGGCGACGGCACGGUGCGGUUACUUGAAAUCGGCGAAGGCAGCGGCAGCAUUCGGAUGACUGGGCAAUGGAAGGCGCACGCGGAUGGGCUGUGCGCGCUGGCAGUGAACGAGGACGCGUCUCAGGUGGCCAGCAUCUCCCCCAGCGGGCACGUUUUCUUCUUCAGUGUGGAAACGGCACCCUGCACGCUCGACCCUGUGGGUUAUUGCGUCGGACCACUGCAGAACCCCACGAGCGCGGCAUGGGACACGCAGGCUGUGGGCGGCCACGGAGGCUGCCUCCUUGGCUUCGAGGGUGGCCAGCUACUCUCAAUCCGCGCCCCAGCACCAGGUUCCGUGAACCACGAUGAAGGGUACGAGUUUCCGUGUGCGUAUGACCUGGUGGCGAUCCGCCAGCGUCAACUGCCACCGCCAAAGACGGAAGCUGAGGAGCUGGAGGUGGACGACACCGCUGCGACUGCACUGGAGGAGGAGGAUGUGGGCCCAUGGCCGAUCGCCUUCGUGGUGCAACUCCCAGGAGAAGGUUUUGCGAUUGGCAUGGGUAAGGAGGAGCUUGCGUACGUGUACCAGGGCAGUAUCCGCUACGCGAACCAGCUGGAGCUUCCGCCCCUGCCCCCAACCGGCGUGGAGCCACCAGACUACGUCGAGGACCCGGCGCUGAACGUGUGCUACCGAGACUGCGUGCCGCGUCGGGCUUUUGUCAGCCCCAACGGCGCUCUUGUUGUGUGUGCAGAUCGAAACCGACUACUGUUGCGGGAGGCUACAAGUCGUCAGCAGGUGUUUCUGCUUGGCGCAGCGCACGACAGCACGGGUGGUGCAGUCACCGGCGCCUUUCUCUCUCAUAACGGCAGCAUGGUUGUCUCUAUCGGCACCGACGGCCUUGUCGUGACACAGCUGCGAGACGGCUGCGCAACUCCGCGUGCUUCGCCACCUCUUAUCGACGCCGCUACAGUCGUCGAACCUGCUCUCGGCAUGGUUUCUGCGACGGCAGCGGCCCCCGCGGUUGUUGCGUGUGCCGAAGAGGCUGUGGGGGCUGUCGAGGCACCCGCUCUGUCGGUCCAGGAGCAGAAAGAGGCGGACGACGCAGCUCGGGCCUCAACAGAGAGGGAGGCGAAGCUGCAGCGCUUCUUGAAUAGGCUGGAGAAGGUGCGCGACUCGUACGCUGAGCUGGUGCACGCCAACGAGCAGUUGCCAUCUGGCCAGCGGCUUAACAAGGACGAAAUGCAACUCGAUGCGUCGCUUCAGGACGCCCUCGACGCGGAGAAGCAGCGCCGAGUGCGAGAGGCCGAGAAGGAGUAUAUCCUGCCCACCGCCCGCGAAGAUGUCAAGACGACCAAGCUGAAGAACUGCUUCCUUGACAAUCUGCUCUACGACCGUUUUGAACUAGCGGCCAUCGAAGAGGGCUUCUCCGUCGCCUCCCUACGCGUCUUCGACCCACACGAGUCAAUCGCCAAAUUGGAGGCGGCUGCUCACCAGCUAGCCGAGUCGGACGGGGAAUCGGAUGUGGAGAAGGAAGAGGACGAGGGAAGCGACAGUGAACAGGAUGGCGCCGGUGCAGACGUAGCAGCGACAGAGCACACAGCUGCGGGGGACUCUAAGGCAGCCGGCAUCGACGCCGCCGCCACUACCGCCUACGAGCGGCCUGACGAUCUGAUUGGAAUAGCCACCAUUGGCGCCUCCGUGAAGCAGCAACUCAACAAAAUGGACACACGCCGUCGCGAGCGGCAAGAGCGGCGGGACGGCUAUGGGCGUUUGUUGGACCGCAAGCCGAACCCAGCAAUCGACGAUGCAGCGCUGAAGCAGCAGAUCGCGAUGGACCUCAAGAACCGAGGUGACUGCACAUUUCGCACAGAUGCAGCGUACCGAGGCGAGCACCAGUACCGUCCCACCGCAGUCGCCAAGCUGCAGCGCAUGAUCCACCUGAUGGAAGACAUUGUGCGCAUCAAGACAGCCUUCAACGAAGACUUGCUCCAGCUGCGCGAAGAGAAGCGGCACACCCUCGCCCGCCUCAACUGUAUGCGCCAGGACUACAGAAAGGUGUUGUUUCAGCUGGGGUUGUGCACCUCGCCUGAAGUGCCUGAUCUAUCCCUUACCGUUGAGGAGGAGCCCGAGACACUCUACACGAUGGAUCGCGACAAACUCGAGGCGUACAACAAACAGAAAACGGAGGAGCGGGCCAAGGCGGAGGCGAUGAAAGCGCAUCGUGGUUUUGGCGCCGACCUGGCCAGCGCGCAAGCACCCGAGCGCUCGCGGGACUCCUCUACCGUGACCACCGGCACCGUGCCCGGCAGUGUGAUCAUGCCACAAAAGCGCUCCAAGGGCAGCCACUUCCCCUCCUACCUCGGACGAGGCUCACGGCAGAGCGCCGUCGGCAGCCUCGCGAUGCGGGAGCGCAUGGACGCCGAUCUGAAGGGCAAGCUCAACAAUGUGACCCUCACGCCAGAAGAGAACGAGGAGCGGGAGAUGCAGCGCGCCGUUUUGGAGCGGGACAUGCGGCGCUUGAAAGCCGCCAUGGCGGCGGUGCGGACGGAGUUCAAUGACAAGCUGGGGUCACUGCGACUGCGUCGCGCGGCGCUCGACGUGGAUCUGUGCCUUAUGACGAGGUGUCUGACCCUCUUCCACCGCGAGUAUCAGCUGCUGCUGAUCUUUCGCUCGCAGGACAAAAAACUGCGCGCCGUGUUGACGGCGGUGAAGCAGGAGCGGGAGUCGGUGCAGCGCGGCAUUGCGUCUCAGCACACGGACCUGGCGUCUAGCGAGGAGCGCAUUCGCCAGCUCACCGGCCAGCUCAAAUCCACCAAUCAGGCAGCAGAGGCCUACAUCGACGAGCAUUGCCCGAGCGACAAGCUGACGUACAUUAAGCGGGUCUACUAUCGGCAGCUGAAGCGCCGGCGCCGUGCGGAGGAUGGGGACGAUGACGACGACGACAUCACCAGCGAUGACGACGACGAUGAGGACGACGGUAUCGGCGAGGAGGCUCGGCCGCCCAACUGCAGCGUGGAGGCGUGGGAGGGCAUGCUGAGGUGUCGCGAAUCUCGCCUUGACUUGACGGAAGCCAGUGACGCGGCUAAAGCAGAGGUGGCGAACAUCCGCAAACAGCUGGAGCAGAGCGAGCAGCGGCUGCAGGAGCUGGCGGAGCAUGUCAAGCAGUGCCGAGGCGAGGUGCAGGUGCUCGAGGAAAAGAAGCGGAAGGAGUUGAACAUGCUGUAUACAGCGGUCCCGCUCCGCCUGAGUCAGGUGCGGUGCCUUGAGGAGAAUGCGCGGCUACCAUCCCACCUCCCAGAACAGCCGGUAGUUGUCAUCUCCGCGGAGCAGAUGAGCGCGCUGCGACAGCGCAUCUUUGACUUGGCUGACCAGAAGAUACAGCGCCGUGACGAGGUGGCGAGACUGACGGCGGAGCUGCAGCCGCUGAAGGAGGCGCGUGCGGCCUCCAAUCGCGUGUUCGAGGAAUGGCAAGAGAAGGUAAACGAGGUGAUGCUACUUCGGUUUGGCCAGUACGUUGACUUGGAGAUGCUGGAGUCGUGCGGGUCCAGCUGGGCGAUUGAGACGAAGAAGGAAGAGCUGCUCCACCUUGAAUUGAAGUGGGCGCGAUCGGUGAAGAAGGUUGAGAACCAAAUCACCGAACUCCGCACACGCCUCCAAGACAAAGUCUUUGAAAACACUAGCCUGCUGCAGAACCUCGGCGAUCUCGAAACGGAGCGUCAGCGCGUAGAUUCUGUAUUGUCUCAAGCCACCUCCAAGACGGUGCAGCAGUACUGCGGGACGACGGUCGCAUCGAAGCAAGAGCGUGCCGUUCUGCGCGAACUCAUCGCCGCACAGCAGGAGGAGAUAGAUGCACUCACGGCCGAGAUCCUCAUGCUGAAGCGCAAGGGCGGACACGUCUAUAGUCAAGCCAUGAUGUAG